GCCGGGUGGCGGUAAUAUUGCACGUUUUAUCGAUUAAAGUUAUAAAAUUAUUAUUUCACGAAAUACAUCGAAUGCCUUCAGGUAUUUAAAGUAAAUUCGGUUAACUGUAUUCAAUAAGUCAAUAUAUAACUACUUAUUAAACCCAAGACGACCAAAUAAGUUGUGGAAGUUGGUGAUCAAAGUUUGUCUUUGAAUAUUUUAUCAAUAAUGUCUAAAGUAAAGCUUAAUCUGAUUGCUGCGGCGUGUGAAAACAUGGGUAUUGGAGCCAACGGAACCCUACCUUGGAGGUUAAAGAAAGAAAUGGCGUACUUCACUACAAUGACGACUAAAGUCUCAUCUCCGGAGCGGGUGAAUGCAGUGAUCAUGGGACGAAUCACUUGGGACUGUAUACCGGACAAGUAUAGGCCGUUGUCUAACCGAGUGAAUAUCGUCAUGACUCAGCAGGUUGAGAGUCUGAAGAGUAAGGUCCCAGAAGGAGUAAUAGUGGUUCCAAGCCUGGAUGAAGCCAUUAAGUACAUAGACAGUCGACCGGACAUAGAGAGCACAUGGGUCAUAGGAGGAUCUUCCAUAUACCAGGCAGCCAUGGAGCACCCAAAUUGCGGCAAGAUCUACCUGACAGAGAUUCAGAAAUCCUUUGACUGCGACACUUUCUUCCCUAACAUUGAUAAGCAGCAAUUCCACCUUGUUAAUGAGGAAGAAAUCCCGGAGGAAAGACAGGUUGAAGGAGAUAUUAGUUACUUCUUUAGGGUAUAUAAGAGACUUUAAAUAUGGUUACCAAAACCAAGUUACCAUAGAGGAAUAAGGAAGGGAAAAGUUGUAACUCCUAAAUGCGAGUUAUUUGCAGUGUAGGCUUGUGCCGUUUCGUUCGUUGAUCGGAGCGCUCCGAUCUCGUUCAAUCGCUCCCACGAACUAGUUCGCUCUUUUAGGU